UAAGAUUUUGUCAGUGCUAUUUGCCCAGCAUGCUUUGCGUACUCGUUCUCUUUCUCCCCCAGAAACCUCGUGUAUAAUAAUGAAGGCCAGUGGUCAGUUAAAACAGUACAAGGUGGUCGGACGCCACCUACCGACGGCAAAAAUCCCAAAUCCGCCAUUGUAUCGCAUGAAUGUGUUUGCACCUGAUGAAGUGACAGCAAAGUCACGUUUUUGGUAUUUUAUGGCUCAACUGAAAAAAGUUAAAAAAAGCAAUGGCGAGGUUAUUUCAAUAAGUGAGCAAUUUGACAAAACGCCACUGAAGAUAAAAAACUUUGGAGUCUGGUUGAGAUAUGACUCUCGAAGUGGGUCACACAACAUGUAUCGGGAAUACCGAGCCAUGACUGUCACAGAGGCCAUUACUUCAUGUUAUCGUGACAUGGCUGCAAGACAUCGUGCUAGGUCAACAGUCAUUCAAAUUUUGAAGGUGGAAAUCAUCUCUGCAGCAAAUUGUCGAAGGCCUCACAUGAAGCAACUCUUUAAUUCAAAGAUCCGCUUUCCUUUGCCUCACCGCGUGAUGAAAACCCAGUUUAAGUCUAAAUUUGUUGCCAAGAGACCAAAUACAUUCUAUUGAAUUUAAAGUGGAUGUGAAUAAAUAUGUGCAAAGAAA